CAUCAGUGCUGAGCUCAACAAAAUACAGAUCUGUAGAGAAAAGAAGAAAGGAAAGAAAAGUACGAAAAAGAAAAAGAAGGAAUGAGUGAAUGCAGGUGUGUGAGAGAGAAAUAGUGUGUUAGAAGUGGACUUCAGAAGAGAGGACAGAAGUGUGGAUUUAUUCUUGAAGAUGACAUUGUAUCCUGUCCGGUCUUGACAUCACUCCCUCCUUUCCUCCACCUCUCCCCCCUCCCCCUCAGCAGGCGGGCUUUUGUGGCUGACCAUGCGAGGAUCCUCUCAGUGCUGUGGGAAUCUCCUCAUCUUCUCCGGAUAGUCCUGCUCACUGACCCCAGCUUUGACUUUUGCCUUUGGCUGGUGGAGCAAAACAAGGAGCGAAGCAACUUUCGGACUGUGUAGACGGCUCCUUUUUCCUUGCGCUCAAUAAUUGAUGCGGUUUCUCUGUUGCCGGCGUGACAGCAUCCACUGGAGGAGACCGGUGAGGUUGUUUGGAAUCGUGACCUCCACAUGAUCUCCCAGCGAGUCCUCUUUUGAGUUUCAGACUGCAUUGAUCUUUCUCAUCCUCGAGUGCCAGCAUGCAGGUCUCCAUCGCUUGCACAGACCACAAUCUGAAGGGUCGCAAUGGGGACCAUGGAAAACAGAACGCCACCAGUCCCAACGUGGUGAACGCAGCACGGGCAAAGUUCCGCACUGUUGCCAUCAUCGCCCGGAGCUUUGGCUCUUUUACCCCACGUAACCACAUCUCCCUCAAAGAGUCCACCGGCAAGCUCACUGGCAUGAAGUACCGGAACCUUGGGAAAUCUGGAUUGAGAGUAUCAUGCCUAGGUCUGGGGACUUGGGUAACGUUUGGAGGCCAGAUUUCAGAUGAGGUGGCAGAACGGUUGAUGACUAUAGCUUAUGAGAGCGGGGUGAACCUUUUUGACACGGCAGAGGUGUAUGCUGCAGGAAAAGCUGAAGUCAUACUGGGAAACAUCAUCAGAAAGAAGGGCUGGAGGCGAUCCAGUCUGGUUAUAACCACAAAGCUCUACUGGGGUGGAAAAGCUGAGACAGAAAGAGGUCUCUCCAGGAAACACAUUAUCGAAGGUCUGAAGGGCUCCUUACAGAGAAUGCAGCUGGAAUAUGUCGAUGUGGUCUUUGCCAACCGUCCCGACAGCAACACACCAAUGGAGGAGAUUGUUAGAGCCAUGACCUACGUGAUAAACCAAGGCAUGUCCAUGUAUUGGGGUACCUCACGAUGGACGGCUAUGGAAAUAAUGGAGGCGUACUCCGUGGCAAGGCAGUUUAACUUGAUUCCUCCAGUAUGUGAACAGGCCGAGUAUCAUCUCUUCCAGAGAGAGAAGGUGGAGGUGCAGCUGCCUGAGCUCUACCAUAAGAUAGGUGUGGGGGCUAUGACAUGGUCCCCUUUGGCCUGUGGGAUCAUCACCGGGAAGUAUGAAAAUGGUAUCCCAGAAUCCUCCAGAGCAGCUAUGAAGUCAUACCAGUGGCUGAAAGAUAAGAUUGUCAGUGAGGAUGGACGAAAACAGCAGGCCAAACUGAAAGAACUGGGCCAUAUUGCAGAGAAGCUGGGCUGCACGUUGCCUCAGCUCGCCGUAGCCUGGUGUCUGCGGAACGAAGGCGUGAGCUCUGUUCUUUUAGGAACCUCUAAUCCAGAACAGUUAACUGAAAACCUGGGAGCCAUACAGGUAAGCAUAACUGGAAUAAAACUCUUAAACAGUACCAAGAGUUUUGACUCAUUCCGUAUUCCUCGAAUUUGUUGCACACUCAGGUACUUCCAAAGAUGACAUCCCACAUAGUGUCAGACAUCGAUCAUAUACUUGGGAACCGGCCGUACAGCAAGAAGGACUACCGGUCCUAGGGCCUCGGGUCACGUUCAGGGUGAAGAGAGAUCUGUGUGUAGCAGUAUUUAUGCCCUAAGUGGUUCCUGCUCAGAGUCUUUUUUCAUCAUCGGUCUGGCCUCUCUGAAGCCUUAGAGUUAUACGCUCCAAAACGUGUACCUGCAUUCCCCCUUUUGCACAUCAACACUACCGCAAAAAUCUCCACAACUGCCGUCAAGGUGUCAACAAGGGAAAGCUUCCUUCACUGCGGAGCCCUGUGAUGUGAUCUUCAUGCGUUCUGACCCAUGCUUGGCCUCUGAUUGGUUGAUUGGUGUGUCUGGAGAUCUGCCGCCCUCUUGUGUUCAAUUGCAGCAACUGCAAACCUGUUUUAACAAGCAAGGACUCCUUGAAGCUGUUUUUGAGAAUUUUAUGAGGGACAUUUUUAUGAGAAUGAGAUUUAGUGAAAUGACUUUAACGAGGAUAAAUAUAUACUUUCAGAAAAUGAAUGAUAAUCAGACCUCAGUCAGUAUAAAUAUAGAGUAUUAGAAUUGACAUGCAUAUUGUAUAUUAUGCUGUGCAUUCGUGGUAUGUUUGUUUAUAAAUUAUAUUCUCAAAGUUUCCUUCCAGGUUCUUUUUAGAAGUUCGGAGGAAACUAGGCUCCCAAUAUGCAUGGCAGGAUUACGAUAUAAAUUAUAACUGGAGUCAAUUUAAUUCAGUCUGUGGGUGCCUCAUGUUUGUCUUUAGUUGCUUGAGCCAUAAUAUGUCCUACAACCUCAGAGCUUAUAGAUACAUGUGAAAUUUUGGCAUGAGGAAACAAGCAGAAGUAUCGUUUAAAUGUUGAUGGCUUUAAACACAAGAUUCCUUGCAAAUCAAGAAACCUUAGAUAUAUCAUGUAAUGAAAUGCAGGAGGCUUUUGAAUAUUGACAUCUGUGUGUCCAUAGUGCUACCUUUAGUCUCCAUGCGGAGUGCCUUGAUUCUAACCUGCAUGAACUUUAGGGCUGGCCCGUUCUCCCAUGGGUCCACGAGUGUAAUACUGUGAGCUUUUCUCCAUUUUCAAUGACCUCUUUUGCAAAAAUGUAGGAAAUCGCACCAUGGGGUGACUAUUGUUUUCUAAGUUUGUAAAAGAUGACGUGUUGGAUUGACAGGCUGUUAUGAAUCAGGAUAUUUUAUCAUAUCGUGCAUCUCUCUCCUUGAUGGCCGCAGUGAUUU